CCCGGCCCAGGGCCCAGUAUUAUCUCCAAAGUUGCAGCCUGCAGAAUCAGGAUAAAGUAAAGUAUACAACCGUUAAAACCCCAAAGGCGUGUGAGAGAACACCUCCCGAAAACAAUGCUCUGGUUAUCCAAAAAUGGCGGUCUCUGCUAAAGCCCCUCAAAUCGCACUUCAACCAGACUUUCUCCAUCCUCUCUCUUCGAAACCCCACAAACUCAAAACCCUGAAUUUCACUCCCAAUACUCAGAACCUUCAAAUAUCCCUGAAAAGGGCCCAGGAAAUUUCUGCUCUCAACACCAACUCCAUCGACAACAGAAGCUUGAAUUCAGAUAUAUGCGAGUUAUGCCUCCAUGGGAACUUGGAACAAUCUAUGAAACACUUAGAUUCCAUGGUCGAACGCCGAAUACUUGUCGAAGAAGAGACUUACAUCACUCUCUUAAAGCUGUGCGAGUGGAAGAGAGCAGCUUCUGAAGGAGCUCAUGUCUAUGCCCACGUUUCUAGUUCGACUAGCCAAUUGAGCAUUCGACUGGGAAACGCUCUGCUCAGUAUGUUCGUCCGGUUCGGUAAUUUGGAUGACGCCUGGUUCGUUUUCGGGAGAAUGGAAGAAAGGGAUAUUUUUUCUUGGAAUGUGAUGGUUGGUGGCUACGCCAAAUCGGGUUUCUUCGACGAAGCUUUGAAUUUGUACCAUCGGAUGCUGUGGGUAGGAAUCAAACCGGAUGUAUAUACGUUUCCUUGUGUACUAAGGACUUGUGCUGGUAUUCCGGACUUGGCCAGGGGUAGAGAAGUUCAUGCCCAUGUAAUUAGAUUUGGUCUUGAAUCAAAUAUUGACGUAAAUAAUGCGUUGAUUACAAUGUAUGCCAAGUGCCGAGAUAUUCUCAGUGCAGGCUUACUGUUCGAUGGAAUGCAAAGGAGAGAUAGGAUAUCGUGGAAUGCAAUGAUUUCAGGGUAUGUCGAGAAUGGGCGAUAUUUGGAAGGCUUGAAGUUGUUUUUCAUGAUGCGGAGUCUUUCUAUUUAUCCAGAUUUGAUGACCAUGACGAGUGUGAUAUCUGCUUGUGAGCUUCUAGGUGAUAAGAGAUUAGGGAAGGAGAUCCAUGGGUAUGUGAACAGGACAGAGUUUGGGGUCGAUGUUUCGGUGUAUAAUUCAUUGAUUCAGAUGUACUCAAGUUUUGGGAAUUUGGAGGAAGCUGAGAAGAUUUUUUGCAGGAUGGGGCCCAAAGAUGUGGUGUCUUGGACAGCAAUGAUAUCGGGUUAUGAGAAAAAUGGGCUUCCUAAUAAAGCUUUGGAAACUUACGAGUGUAUGGAGUUAGAGGGUGUGAUACCAGAUGAGAUAACAAUUGCCAGUGUUCUAUCAGCCUGUGCUUGUUUGGGACGUCUAGAAAUGGGCAUUAAACUUCAUGAGCUAGCUAAAAAGAGAGGGUUUAUUGCUUACACCCUAGUUGGGAACACCCUCAUUGACAUGUAUUCCAAGUGCAGGUGCAUUGAGAAGGCUUUGGAUGUUUUUAGACGGAUGCCUGAAAAGAAUGUUAUAUCUUGGACUUCUAUCAUCUUGGGACUCCGGAUCAAUAAUCGAAGCUUUGAGGCCCUAACCUUCUUUAGGCAAAUGAAGUUUAGUUUAAAACCCAAUUCAGUUACUUUGGUUGCUGCCCUCUCCACCUGCGCCAGGAUAGGAGCCUUGAUGUGUGGAAAGGAGAUCCAUGCUCAUGCACUAAGGAGCGGACUAGGGUUUGAAGGGUUCUUGCCAAAUGCACUUUUGGACAUGUAUGUAAGAUGUGGAAGGAUGGAAUAUGCAUGGAACCAGUUUAACACACAUAAAAACAAGGAUGUAUCAUCAUGGAAUAUUGUUCUAACUGGCUAUGCCCGUGAGGGACAAGGAACACUUGCAGUUGAGCUGUUCCAUAAAAUGAUUGAUACAGGCUUGAAUCCUGAUGGAGUUACAUUCAUUGCCCUUCUAUGUGCUUGUAGUAGAUCUGGGAUGGUAACAGAAGGUUUAGAGUACUUUAACAGCAUGGAACAACAAUACCACAUCACACCAAAUCUUAAACACUAUGCUUGCAUGGUGGAUUUACUUGGUCGUGCUGGCUAUUUGGAGGAUGCUCAUGAGUUUAUAGAAAAGAUGCCUCUUAAGCCAGACCCUGCUAUCUGGGGAGCCUUAUUAAAUGCAUGUAGGAUUCAUCGGAAGCUUGAGCUUGGAGAACUUGCAGCUCGUUUUGUCUUUGAAAUGGAUUCAGAAAGUGUUGGGUAUUAUAUUCUCUUGUGCAAUCUCUAUGUGGACAAUGGUAGAUGGGAUGAUGUUGCACGAGUGAGGAAGAUAAUGAGAGAAAGAAGGCUUACAGUCGACCCUGGCUGCAGCUGGGUGGAAGUUAAGGGAACCAUUCAUGCUUUCCUCAGCGGAGAUAAUUCCCAUCCGCAGAUAAAGGAGAUUAAUGCAGUCCUGGAUGGUUUUUAUCAGAGGAUGAAGACAGAGGGUUUUGCUACAGAAAAUAGUCAUGUAGAUGAAAUAGAAGCAGCAAAGGCAGAAAUUUUUUGUGGACAUAGUGAGAGAAUGGCAAUUGCAUUUGGCCUAAUAAAUACUGUGCCUGGGAUGCCAAUUUGGGUUACAAAGAACCUAUAUAUGUGUAGAAGCUGUCAUGAUACAGUGAAAUUUAUCUCUAAGGUUGUUCGACGGGAGAUAACUGUUAGGGAUACUGAAAAAUUCCACCAUUUCAAGGAUGGAAUAUGCUCUUGUGGAGAUGAAGGAUAUUGGGGAAGACAUAGCAAGUGAGAGAAUCAAAAGAAAGUAAAAUUGUUUGAUCAACUUCCCAGGUAUUCCUUAUGAAAAAAGGAAAGAAAAGCUUAGUGAGUGGUGCUUAAACUGUUAGUCUAGCAAGAGAAUUACAGCCCAUGACCGUAAGGAUGAAACUAAACACCAUCUAGUUGGACUAUGGAUUAGGCCAUUUCACACUUAAAAAGGACUGCAUAUAUGUCAAGGGGAGAGCCAUGAUAGUUUGAGUGCAGCAGACUUGUGAAGGAAAAGAUUUGCAUUUCUGUUUGAAUUGGAUCGUCAACAGAAUUAAAAGGAACUGCACUGCUUCUUGUUUGUAUGAAUUAGGAUGUACAUCCUGGUUGAAGCACACCACACUGUAUUUUUGUUGUAUGAUUCUGACUGGACCUCACUUUAGAUCGUCCUCUAUUCUACACACUGAAAUCUUGUAAAACUGCAUAAGCAGGUUCACCUGAACAUGAGAUGAUUAAUUAUUGUUGGAUUCA